AUGAAAGUAUCUUCAGUUUGUGGUACCAUAUUGGUCUACUCGGCCAUCGCUAGUGCUGCAGUUGAAAAUGUACCAACUAAAAAUGAAGCAAGCAAAAAAAUUUUCGGACGUUCGUUAUUAGACUCGAUUGGCUCUUUUAUAUCAGGAGGAGGCUCUUCAGAUUCAUCCGACUCUGGUGAUAGUUCUAAUGCUGAUGCUAAUGCUGAUUCUAAGACCAGCUCCGGUGCCAGUGCUGGUGCUAGUGCUGGUGCUAGUGCUGGUGCUAGUGCUGGUGUGAGUGCUGGUGUGAGUGCUGGUGUGAGUGCUGGUGUUAGUGCAAAUGUUGCCGCAGCUGGCGUUACUUCUAGUUCACCAUCAAGCUCAGGAUUGGUUUCCAGUUCCAGUUCCACUUUAAUCACAUCUUCAUCAUCUCCUAGUUUAACAUCAACUGCAACCACAGCAAGAGCUAACACAAUUACGUCUGCCGCCUCUUCAAAUUCAGCUUCCAGUUCAAGUCGAUCCGGUCUUGGAUUGAAUGCCUUGCUCGCUGAUGAUUCUAGCUCUUCUCAGAAUUCCAGUGAGGAAGAUGAUGAAACCUACUGUGAUGAAGAAACCGACUCUGCAAGUGAGACUGCAACCAGCACUCACUCAGUUGAAACUACCAGUACCGAUCCAACCACAUCACUCAGAACUACAAGUACUAAUAUUGCAACUUCUAAUUCAAUUGGAAUUAGUGGUGCAUCAUCAAUCAUCAGUGGUUCUUCAUCAUCGAUUAUCAGAGGAUCAUCUCGUGCAAGCUCGUCUGUCAGCUCCAAUGCUUCAUCUUCAUCUUCUGAUGACUUAGACGAUGAAACUUAUUGUGACGAGGAAACUGAUUCUGCAAGUCAAACAGUUAACCCUACUAUUUCUUCUGUUGAUCCAAUCACAACUAAUGAUAUUACCACGAUCGCCGGAGAAUCUACAAUCCCUCUUACAUCUGGUCUUUCCAAUAGUUCCGUAUCAAACACCGCUGGCUCAUCGAUUACUAAGGUUGCUCUGAUUUCGACUGGAUCUAGCUUAGAUGAUGAUGAAACUUAUUGCGACGAAGAAACUGAUUCCGAUGGUCAAACCACAGCAAACCCUACUGGAACUGUCACUAAAGACCCAACUGGUACUAUUACCCAAAAACCAACUGGUACUGCUACAGGAAUUCCAACUGCAACCGAUGACGAUGAUGAAACUUACUGUGACGAAGAAACUGAUUCCGAUGGCCAAACUAUAACAAACCCUACGGGAACUGUCACUAAAAACCCAUCUGGAACUGUCACUAAAAACCCAACUGCUACUAUUACUCAAAAACCAUCUGGUACUGCAACAGGAAUUCCAACUACAACCGAUGGUACAAAUGAUGACGAUGACGAAACAUACUGUGAUGAAACUACCGAAUACACUACAGCUUACAGCACUGCUUAUACUACAAUCAUGCAUACCACUACUGUGACAGUAAAUGGUCGUACUAUAACUAGUGAAGUCUCUGAAGUUCAGACGACUGUAUCUCCAGAAGUUAAGCAAGUACCUGGCUCCGGUUCAGGUUCAGAUUCCGGUUCAGGUUCAGGAUCGGGUUCAAGCUACGGUUCAGCUGUUGAAGACUGUGAUGAUGAUGAUGAUGAUGAUGAUGAUGAUGAUGAAGCCGUUUCUUCAGGAUCCUCUUCAGACUCUUCCUCUGGAUCAGGAUCAUCUUCAGGAUCAUCUUCAGGAUCAUCUUCAGGGUCAUCUUCAGGGUCAUCUUCAGGAUCAUCUUCAGGAUCUUCCUCUGGAUCUUCAGGCUCUAAUGUCGGUUCGUCCGGUUCUUCAUCCGGCUCCUCAGGUUCAGGUUCAAACGUUGGUUCAUCUACAUCUGGCGAUUGUCAAGAUGACGACGACGACGAAGAUGAUGAUGACGAAGAUUGCGAUCCAACCUGUGACUGCGAUGAAGAUGACGAUGACAAUGACGACGAUGACGAUGAUGAUGAAGACUGCGAUGACAGUGAAGAUUGUGUAGAUUGUGAUGUUUCAAAGAAUGAUGGUAAUGGCGCUACAAGAACUACCGCCGCUGCUGAAUCAUUUGAACCUACUACUGUUGCAGGUGCUUCUACAGCAGUGAAUGCUAAUGCUUCACCUGAUGAUUGUGUUCCAACUACAGUUACACAAUUCGUCACUGUCAAUAACAAACUUGCAGAUGAGACCUUCAGUAGCAGAGCUACUUCUACAGCCAGCGCUGAUGUUCAACAAUUCAAUAACAGUGGUAAUAGGAUGUUCAUCUCAACUAGUAUGAUUGUCUUGAUCACUACAUUUGUUACCGUUGGCUUCAUGUGA